AUGACUCGUCUGGCCAGCCCCAACCCCUUCAGCCACGGACUGUCGUCACUCUUCCUGCAGGGGGAGCUCCUGAGCCCCUGCCGCUGUGACGGCUCCGUGCGCUGCACGCACCAGCCCUGCCUCAUCCGCUGGAUUAGCGAGAGGGGCUCCUGGAGCUGUGAGCUCUGCUACUUCAAGUAUCAGGUCCUGGCGAUCAGCACCAAGAACCCACUGCAGUGGCAAGCCAUCUCCCUGACAGUCAUUGAGAAGGUCCAGAUUGCGGCCAUAGUUCUGGGCUCUCUCUUCCUCGUCGCCAGCAUCUCCUGGCUCAUCUGGUCCUCACUCAGCCCUUCAGCCAAGUGGCAACGACAGGAUCUGCUAUUUCAGAUCUGCUACGGCAUGUAUGGCUUCAUGGAUGUCGUCUGCAUAGGACUUAUUGUCCACGAGGGCUCCUCUGUCUACCGCAUCUUCAAACGCUGGCAGGCAGUGAACCAGCAGUGGAAGGUCCUGAAUUAUGACAAGACCAAGGACAUAGGAGGAGAUGCAGGGGGAGGGACGGCAGGGAAGCCGGGCCCCAGGACCUCACGGACGGGCCCUCCCUCUGGGGCCACUAGCCGACCCCCGGCUGCCCAGCGCAUGCGGACGCUCUUGCCUCAGCGCUGUGGUUACACAAUCCUGCACCUCCUUGGACAGCUUCGGCCACCGGAUGCGCGUUCUAGUUCCCAUUCCGGCCGAGAGGUUGUCAUGAGGGUCACCACAGUCUGAACUGAACUCCAGGAGCGGGGAUCUUGAGUCAAUGCGUCGGCCAGAGAUGAGCUAUCAUGGCUGCUGGAGGUACCACCUGGACCAGAUGUUUGGGGCACACUGCUCCCACCACUGAAGAUCUCUGUGGGCAGCCUCAAGCUGGAGACAUUGUCUGGCUUCUGCCCACUGGGUGGAGUCACUUGGAUGACAUUCCAUUCCCCACACUCAUCCUGGGGCAGCCAGUGGGCAAGUGGGGAGAACAGCUUUUCUUCCCCAGAGAACCGUCCUUACCUCAGCUCCUAGGGCCUCCAGCCCCUCAACUCUACCAUGGUGACUUGGUGAGGGGGAACCAAUGCCAGAAGAAAGGGGCUGUAGACCCCGCCAUUCACCACCCCAUGGCCACAGGGCAGCUGGCAAUAAGACUAGUAUACAUUGACCUCCCGUUCCCUGCAUGAGGGCGGGGGGACUUCCCCUGCUCUGCCCCCCAUAGCAUGGGGGGAGGGCAUAAAGAAUCAUUUAUAUGCA